AUGGGUGCGCAGAAGAUUGCACAUGUAGCAUCUAAGAAUCCAAGUGUGGUGAAGGAGAUUAUCUACGGGAUAAGCCUCGGCACGGCGUGUGGGCUGUUAUGGAAGAUGCACCAUUGGAAUAACCAAAGGAGAACCAAAGAGUUUCAUGAUCUGUUGGAGAAGGGUCAGAUUAGUGUUGUGGUGGAAGAUGCAUAGAUUAUAUAGUGCAAUGCUACUGGUACUUUCUACACAUUCUAGGAGUCCUCUAUAUCAAUAUGAUCCUUUGCAGUCUGUAAGCCUCUGAUUAGAAAUCUUAGUUCCAAUAUAUAGUGUACAUGCAACUAUGAUCCAAGCAGUCAUUCGCUGUCGAAACUUCAUCGUCAUCCUAUGUUGCUUGAUGAAUGCUAGCUACCUGGAUAGAUUUUGUUCAUGAUAUGUCAUCCGUCUAGUUUUAAAAACUGAUUUAUUUACAAAUAAAUGCGAACACUUCAAUUCUAAUAAAGAUAUUAUUAGCAAA